AUGCCGCCUUCGCUCGCCCGUCGCCCUAGAGUCGAGAACUCUCAGAAAAAGGUGGAUCAGCUCAUCCGCAAGUACCGCAGCGCCGAAGGCCCAAGUCCUGUGAUGCUUGAGCUUAUCAACAACCCCGAUAGCUAUAGCAUCCUCAUCAAUGCUCUCCGUCGCCAGAUCUCCCUCAUCAAAUGCCGCUCGCAUGAUUUCGAAGACUGCCAAAUCACCGUCUACGAUAAGGCUUUGCUAGUUCUUUCAGAUCAUGGCGAUCGUGUCACUGACCCUAGCGUGCUUGAAAUCUACUUAACCGAGUUUCUCGGGGUGGUGCCAAUCGCUCCACAGACGGACGGCAAGGAGGCUAUUGCAAACCACGUUGAACUGCAGAACGUUCUUGAGAGACUUCGAGCAACACAAGAGAAGAAAGAGGUCGCCCGCCCCGCCAAAGAAGACGAAUGCGACCAGAUCGCGACGCCUCCCUACAAGAGCAAUGACGAGUACGAACCCUACCUCCCUGAGAUCCAUCGUGUUGAGAAGGAAGGCUCGAAAGACGCGACAGGCCUGGACAAACGAGGGAGGCCCGACGUACGAGUGGCGAGACUCCUUGAAGUCUACCACCAAGCAAAAGAUGACUACAUCAGAAUAAAGGCAAAAGAUGGUGUUGAGAGCCUCCCCGCGGUCAAAUUCCUUCGGGACUCAGCCGAGAACACCCUCCGGUAUCUUCACGCCAAUGGGCUGUCGGAUCACCCCUGGGUUCGGGAUCUGGAAGAGAACUUCGCUAUCGCCAGGGAUAAGACGGCGCAGCUUCUGGGUGGGCGUAAACGCCACUUUGACGAUGAUCACAAGCGCAACCAUGGUGAGGAUUACAAGAGCAGAAGACGGGGUCCUAAGCCUAAGCGAGCUCGUCGCGUUGUGGACUCGUAUCGUCCUAGCCGUGUUAAGUGA